AUGACGAACAUUAUGCCAAUCACGUCUUUCCGCUUCCGUGACCUCCCUGGCGAGACUACUACUAAUACUUUUCAUCGGAUACGCAAGAAGAUCUAUCGCGUCCUGCUUUGCGAGUUCACGCGGCCGGCCGAGAAGACUGCCAACUCUCUAGAUAUCGUGAACUACAUGGAGACUAACACACUCGUCGAACAUGGAGUCGAGACAGCCAUACUCUGUAGAUCAAAGGAGAUAUACCGCGAAGCCUACGACGUCAUGGUCUUGACGAAUUGCUUCGUCAAGAUCACAUCGGUCAAGGGCAUUCCACUGCCAGCUGCGCUCAGUGGAUACCAAGCUCCAUUAGUUUCUGCAAACGAACGUGCUGUCAACAACUUCAAGGGAUACACCUCGACUCCAAGGGUCGAGCACUACGAGACGGUGGGUUGCCUGGACGACCUAGUCAAAGUCUGGAACGCAUUCAAAUACUUGGAAGCACACGCAACGGGGCUAAUCUCCAAGUUGAAAAUGUCCGUUACCAUAGCGCCCAACCUGGCAAACAUGCGAGCCGAUCCUAUAUCGCCCUCGUUUGACGACUUCUUCACAAAGAAGACUCAACAAGCACUCCUGAAGCCUCUCACGGAUAACCUCUACGGCUUUCAGGGCGUUCAGAUCAAAGGCCAUGUGGACAGCGGUCUUGCCGCUGCACUCAACAUUGCGCAUGUGCAGGUCGGUGCUAUGCCGGGAUUCGCACCGGAGCUUUUGGGUGAAAACGCGUUGAUCAUGGUGAUCAAGUCCGUGAGGGAGAAUUACUGGAUGAAGGACUACAAGUACACUCCUUCCCCUGAGCACCUUGCGAAGCUGCAGUAUAGGAUGGCCAUGUUUUAUCGGUUGCAGGGGGAUCAUUUGAAUGCUCGCCUUGCUUUGACGUAUAUAAAUGGUGCAUACCGGCUUCAGAUUGGGGAUGCGGUCAUCUGGAGGGAGAGGGAGAAGAUUGUUGCUUGGGUGAUCGCCGUAGGAGCAGAUGAAGAAUGA